UCUUUCUCUCUCUGCGCAUCUCCAUCAGCGGUUCAGUCAUUGCAGCAGUGCGUUACAAAGCCCUGAUCGGGUGUCCUGUGCAUGACAGUCCGUCACCCGCUUAGACCCACUGUGACCGGCGGCUGUAGAGAGGUUGUCGGGUUCGGUUCGGAUGAGCACUUGAGUCUUGUUCAGUAUAUAGGAGGUUCUCAAAGCAUUAUUUUUGUUACUGAUUCCUCUACAUUGCAGGAGCUGUAGUUUUAUCCAGAACAGUACAAAGAAAAAGAGCCGUACAAACAGUAUUGAGUUCAAUUUGGACCGACACCCAUACAGGAUUAUUAUAUAUUAGAAUUUUUUUAAUCUCCAUCAAAAGUUCCUGAUCAUGUCUUUUGUCGCUGAUCUGUAUAGAGGUGGACCUAGUGCAGGUAUGACGGAGUUUCAGGAGAAGCAGAGAUUGCAGCAUGAGAGCUCCAUGCACACAGAGCUGGAGAAACUCUUGGCCACUGCUAAGUCACCGGAGGUGGAGAUCUCCAGAAAGGACUUUGAGGGCUUCAAGAAGCUCUUUCACCGUUUCCUUCAGGAGAAGGGACCUUCUAUAGACUGGGCCAAGAUCCAGAGACCACCCGAAGACUCGAUCCAGCCCUAUGAGAAGAUCAAGUUGAAGGGUCUUCCUGCCGAUGUGGCGUCCAGUCUUAAUAAACUCGCUGUGGUGAAGCUCAAUGGAGGUCUAGGCACCAGCAUGGGCUGCAAAGGACCCAAGAGUCUCAUCAGUGUCCGCAAUGAAAACACGUUCUUGGACCUGACUGUGCAGCAGAUUGAGCAUUUAAAUAAGAAGUAUAAUGCAGAUGUUCCCCUUGUGCUGAUGAAUUCCUUUAACACAGAUGAGGACACCAAGAAGAUCUUGCAGAAAUACACACAUCUCCGUGUCAAGAUACACACUUUCAACCAGAGCAGGUAUCCCAGAAUCAAUAAGGAGUCUUUGUUGCCCGUGGCCACUAACAUGGGGCUGACGGGUGAGAACGCAGAAGCCUGGUACCCACCUGGGCAUGGAGACAUCUACACCAGCUUUUACAACUCCGGUGUGCUGGACAAGCUCAUCGUGGAAGGGAAAGAGUACAUCUUUGUGUCCAACAUCGAUAAUCUGGGCGCCACGGUGGACCUGCACAUCUUAAACCACCUGGUGAGCCAGCCAAGCGGCAAACGCUGCGAAUUCGUCAUGGAGGUCACCGAUAAGACGAGAGCUGACGUGAAGGGUGGUACGCUGACUCAGUACGAUGGUAAACUCAGGCUGCUGGAGAUCGCUCAAGUGCCCAAAGCUCACGUAGACGAGUUUAAAUCCGUCACCAAGUUCAAGAUCUUCAACACCAACAAUCUGUGGAUCAGCCUGCCGGCCAUUAAAAGACUUCACGAACAGAACGCAAUGGACAUGGAAAUCAUCGUGAACCCCAAGACUCUAGAUGGCGGUCUGAAUGUGAUUCAGCUGGAGACUGCGGUGGGUGCUGCCAUGAAGAGCUUUGACAACGUGCUGGGUAUCAACGUGCCUCGCAGCCGGUUCCUGCCUGUCAAAACCACCUCUGACCUCCUAUUGGUCAUGUCCAACUUGUACAGCAUGGAUGCAGGGUCUCUGACCAUGAGCCCCAAGAGAGAAUUUCCCACAACACCUCAUGUCAAACUGGGCAGCUCCUUCACAAAGGUUCGGGACUUCCUAAAAAGGUUUGAGAGCAUUCCUGACAUGCUGGAAUUGGAUCACCUGACUGUAUCGGGAGACGUUACCUUUGGAAAACAAGUCACUCUCAAGGGUACUGUUAUCAUUAUUGCUAAUCAUGGAGACAGAAUUGAUAUCCCAGCUGGUGCGAUGCUGGAGAACAAGAUCGUUUCAGGAAACCUGCGCAUUCUGGACCAUUGAGGCCUUCACAACCAAACACAACUGUUACACAACAAUUUACCUGGACUGUUACUGGGCAUAUACUGUGUGUGUGUGUGUGUGUGUGUGUGUGUGUCAGAUAUACAGUAUGAGUGUCACCUUAAAAAGGAUAUCCAUAUGAUUACCAUUAAUAUCCCUUAAGAAAAUAUAGUUAAAGUAAUUUUGACUAUUAAUUUCUAUAAGGACUUUUAUUCUGAUGUAACUUUAACAAGACUGCUGCUGGUUUUGGUGCUGUUGUUAUGCAAGCAGUGAUGGUUAAACUGAAGAUUAGGGAUAAAAACCAUUUCAGUUCGGGGUUUAUGGAUUAAACUGGGAUAGUUCACACAAAAAUAAAAAUUCUGUCAUUAUUCUGUCACCCUUGUGUAAUUCCAAACCUAUUUGCUGUCAUUUUUUCCAUGAAAUACAAAAGGAAAAUCUUCAUGCAGCUCUUUUGAAAUACAAAAACAGUUCAGUGAUCUGUAAACCUUCCUAAAUUUUGGUCUGAUCCUCACACAAAACUCGCUGAUUCUUGAGAUAAGGGACAAACAUUUUUUUUAAAUCUAUUAACUAAAUUAAUUUGAAAUGGAUUAAAAUUAAUUUAAUUUGUAGACAAAGGUCUCUGCUUACGAAAAAAGUUAGCAAACAGGUUUUAUAAAAAUGCUAAAUUGUGUCAACUCCGUCAGACAUAUAAAAAAAUAUAUAUAUUUUCAUAUAAUUAUGAAUUUAAAGUUUAAUUUAUGUAUUGUUUGAUACCUCACAGAUCCCUACCUUUCAUUUGAUAUUUAUGAAUCUGUUGCAUUUUUUAACACUUUGUUUGGCAGUUUAACUUUGUGACCUCUUGCUGAGGACAGGUUAAGUUACAUGUGCUUCCAAGUAUAAUGCAUGCAUUUAAUUAAAAAAAAAAAUCAAAUGAAAUUAUUAAAAAAUAUAUAAGCAAUAAAUGCUCUGAGUAUACACAUUUCCUUUAGAUUUAACUUUUUCAGUAUUUUUAUUUACAUGAAUUUCUUGAUUUUUAACAUAAAGAGGACUUUUAGGACGUUUUGUCCUCUAUCUCAAGAAUAAGUUAACUAUCAUAUGGCAUUAAAAGACUUGCAAAAUAGCAAACAAUUUAUAUAAGCUACUUCUGUGGUGUUUUUUUGUCCAUUUUUAGAGCUUGACACGUAUGGUCAACGUGAACUGUUGCAUGGAAAGAGCAGUGUGAACAUUCUUCAAAACAUCUCCUUCAAAUAUUUUUGCCUAUUUUAAGAGUUAUGCAUCAAAUUGAAUUGUCAUUUUUCACAACAUUAUAUUAAUAAAAUGUUAUUAUAUAUUUAUAUACUAAAUAUUUAGUUUUUGUAACAAUACACAAUUCAGCUGGAUGGAAUUGUGUUAUGUAUUUGUUAUAUGAACUCAUGCAUAGGGAAGAUUGAAUGACAAUUUUCACUGUUAUGUAAACUAUUCCUUUAAGAUUAGAAUAUUCAUAUAGGGAAGGCUGUGCUGAAUGUCUGUUCACUUAAGAAAUUAAAGUACAGUUUUCCCCUUUA